CGUUCCCACGUUGCUGUCUCGUUCUUUUACUUUUCUGAAAAAUUGAUAAAUGAAUUUACGAUGAUCGAUUUAUUUUUUAUUUCGUAAAUCGUUAAUUUCGCACGUUUUCACGUUUCAUUUGUAUCUAGGCACAUGUAACAAUUUCAGAUUCUCAGAAAGCUAUAUUCACAAGUCAUUCACUUGCUUAGGCUUAGUUCUUCAUGGAAUAUAAUAUGGGAAUAUGGAUAGUGGAUACUGGUAAAAACACAUGUAAUAAACUCAUUAUCAGAUGUUAUUACAUGAUGUUUUUUCAUUUGUAUUUUCGCUUUUCAAUUAGUAGCGUCUGAUCUAGUGAUCUUGGCAGACAUGAUUUAUUUCUAUAUUUCUCAUAUUCCAGAAAUACGCUCGUGAUUAAGAAUUGGAUGCAGCAACACUAGGUCACAUUAUUACGUGAAAGCUAAGGUUGAGUAGGGUAGAUAAAAAGUGUAAUAUAGCAAGGUUACGUCAAGAAAUCUUUGUAUUUUCACUGGUAGCGUCUGAUCUUGGUACACAUCCAUAUAUUUCUAUAACUUGCAUAAGACUUUUUAACGGUACCAACCGUUGUUAACACGCUUAACAACUCAUUUCCUUUAAAAAUGUCUACCAACUACGAUGACUGCGAUCUGUUUGGGAUAAAGAAUGAGGCUGAGAGAUACAUCUAUGGGAGUUGGCUGACGUUAGUAGUCAUAUCUUCUCUUCUGGGAGACACCACAAUCCUCGUUGCUUCCAUAAAGUACAAAGCCUUCCGUCUACACAGGACAGUCGUAGUGUUCAUCCAGCAUGUAGCUGUUUGUGAUAUGUUCACUGCUGUAGGCAUGCUCUUACCUGUAGUAGUGUCACUGAUUUAUGACAGCGGUGGUUCUAAUGAGGUCAUCAAAUUCAUUCGCUUCUUCAUCGGUUACUGGGUGUUCUCUGCGAGCCCACUUCUCAUAGGUGCCAUGUCAGUAGGCAAGUUUCUUCUGGUGAGAUAUCCUUUGAGAGCACGGAGCUGGUCCAAAAUGAAGACACACAAGCUGUGUGUUGGACUCUGGAUAUUGUCACUUACUGUUCCAGUGCAGCACCUUCUCGUCGACAUGGACGAUGUUGUGUUUGACUGCAGGACGUACAUGUGGAACUACAGGUACUCCUCCGAGAUAUGGAACACACUGAUGCCGAUCACCACCGUGCUGGCUUACCUCACUCCCAAUAUAAUCAUCAUCAUCGCAACAAUCCUGUUGCUGACAAGUGCAAGAAGGGUGGCCAAAAGAAUGCAGGAAAAUCUACGCUGGCAAGGAACCAUGGCUGUUGUCAUCACUGCAACAAUCUUCACCAUAUCCUUCCUUCCCAUUACUGUCUACUUCAUCGCUGGACCUCUCCUAGAAACUGAUUCCGAGGAGCCAGGGCCGUUUUUCAACAGGUACUACAGAGUGACAGAAGCUGUGCUGUUCACUAACGUUAUGGCAAAUUUCUUCACGUAUGGCCUCACCGUAGCCAGCUUUAGAGAUUUCUUAAAGACGAAGCUGAUAAAGAAAUUAUUACCGUGUCUCUCCAUCGGUAACCUCUCCCAACUUACUCGGACUUCUCAAGGAGAAACGACAGCAUCAACACGAGUUGCAAACGAAGAAAGUAAAGCAGAAGUUGGGAUGGUAGCGAAAAUGGCGACAGAAGGAGCAACUUCUCAGGAACAAAGUGGCCAGAAAGAAGAUGGGCCAGACAGCUCUAUCAGACUUAUUCGGCAUACUUCCGUUUGAACUAGCUUGAUCAAAACUGGCACCAGAAGAUGAUCCAAAUAGUUACAGAAUUGACUUAAUGAAAUAGUACAGUUGAAGGAUUCGUUGUUGAAGCGAUUUCGAAUUUUUUAUACCUUACAAAGUGAACAUUAAGCAAAUCAAGAUUUAAGAAACUUACAUUAAAACCUUAAAAGAUGCAAUUAUAUGUGGCAGAUGGUUGCAUAAUUAUUAUAGAUGAGUUUUUGUUUGCUUUUGAGUUGUUAAAUUAACCGUUUUGAACGAUUGCAUUUUUGUUUCGAUUUUAUAAUUAAUACUUGAUCAAGAUUUCAGAGUGAACAGUAAACACGGAGUUAAUUUUUAAACGCGAAGUUAAUUUUUAAACUGCACAAAUUUUAUUUCUGCAUAAAACAGUUACAUUUCACGAAUAUUUUUGUUGAAGGAUUUUCCACAGUUUUUGACAGCUAACGUUUUUUCAAAGUCAAACAAAAAAUGUUUGUUGAAUUUACAGCUUGCGUUUGUUUGAAAAAUCAAUAAAUGAAUUUAUGAUGAUCGAUUUAUUUCGUAGAACCUAAAUUUCGCAAGUCUUCGCGUUUCAUUUGUAAUUGAAUCUAAUUUGUUUUUAAAGCUACAGCUUGCCUUUCUUUGAAAACUGAAAAUAUUUCUAUAAAAAUGGAAACAUCAUC